UUUUUAUCAAAGUCACAUAUUUUCAGCGUAUAUAUUAAUAAAGCAUAAAAUAUCAAUAUAAAAAGAUUGGUUUUAAUUAUUGAUACAAACUUGUCUGUUAGAAAGGUAACAUAUGUUUAGUAAUUACUUGUGAUGAAUUAACAAUAUGAAUUGUUUCUUAAAUUUAUACAUGGUGAAAAGUGUAAAGGCAACACUUUUAUUGAAAAGUUUAAACUAGAUAACUUGUUUUCAAUUUAUGUUAUUAUUGAUUAUUGCUCGGAUGUAAUGCAUUGUUUAAUUACACUACAAACAAGUAGUAGCAUAUAGUUCAAUAUACUUUGAUUGGGGACAACCUUAUUAAAUUAAUUGCAUUACAUCGGAGAAGUGUGCCGAUCUUUUUUUCACAUGAAACUUAUUCUAGAUAGUCAAAUGAAGUGGACUCGACAAUAAUAAAGUAUAUAAUCAAUAUAAAAGUUUCAAAAAGUAAUUUCACAAUAAAGCUUAAAUGGAUAUGUUUAAAUUGCUUUAAUUGUGAUACGGAUUGCGUUGAAAGGAAAAGGGAAAUCUUGUCGGAGCAUAUUUAUAAUGUUGGUGUUUAACUAUUUGUAACAGAAGCACAUAAUUUGUUGGAAUAAAAUUUAAACAUUUGUAACUGCACAGUUUGUUUCCGCAUUUUAUCACAAUGCCAGUUGGUAUGUAUAGACCAUAACGUAUUGACUGACUUAUUCCAAAAUUGUCAAGAUGAUGUUUUGGGGAGUUAGAUUAUAUACACAGCAGCAUAUUGCCGCAUCUGUUGAAAAUAUAGGUAACUUGUUGUCUUAUAUCAAGACAACUGAUAUGAAAAUACAUAAUAAUGCUAUACAGCAGUUUAUUCAAGAAGAGUCAUUUAGACUAAACUGUCUGAAAGACGUUGUCAAACAUGACGAAAUGGUAGAUAUAAUUCAUUUUAGAUAAAUAUAAAAUAAACCAGAUGAGUUCAAAUACUGAAAUAAAUCUUAUUUGUUUGUUUGUUAUUCCUUAAAACUCCAAGUGAUAUUUUUUAUCAAAGUCAAAUAUUUCAGUGUAUAUAUUAAUAAAGCAUAAAAUAUCAAUAUAAAAAGAUUUGUUUAAAUUAUUGAUACAAACUUGCCUGUUAGAAAGGUAACAUAUGUUAAGUAAUUACUUGUGGUGAAUGAACAAUAUGAAUUGUUUCUUUAAUUGAAACAUAGUGGAAAGUAUAUAGGCAAGAUUUUUAUUUAAAAGUAUAAACUCAAUAAUUUGUUUGUGUUACUGUGAUAACGUGUUUUCAAUUUAUGUUAUUAUUGACUAUUGCUCGGAUGUGAUGCAGUGUUUAAUUACACUACAAAAAAGUGGACUCGACAAUCAUUAAGUAUAUAGUCAAUAUAAAAGUUUUAAAAAAGUAAUUUCACAAUAAAGAUUAAAUGGAUAUAUUUAAAUUGCUGUAAUUGUGAUAAGAAUUGAGUUGAAAGGAAAAGGGAAAUCUUGUCGGAGCAUAUUUAUAAUGUUGGUGUUUAACUAUUUGGAACAGAAGCACAUAAUUUGUUGGAAUAAAAUUUAAACAUUUGUUACUGCACAGUUUGUUUCCGCAUUUCAUCAAAAUGCCAAUUGGUAUGUAUAGACCAUAACGUAUUGACUGACUUAUUCCAAAAUUGUCAAGAUGAUGUUUUGGGGAGUGCUCCUAUUUUUGAUCAGGAUCAGAGGAUAUACACAGCAGCAUAUUGCCGCAUCUGUUGAAAAUAUAGGUAACUUGUUGUCUUAUAUUAAGAGCACUGAUACAAAAAUACAUGAUAAUGCUAUACAGCAAUUUAUUCAAGAAGAGACAUUUAGAGUAAAUUGUUUGAAGGAAGUUGUCAAACAUGCAGAAAUGGUAGAUAUAUUUCAGAGUGACAGAGACAUAGAUAUUCACGAGACACAAGGCUAUGUGCAGCAAAAUAGAAACGAACUUUUUCAAAAUCAAUUGCAUGUUUACAGAAUGCAGAAACAUUUGAUGAAAUAUUACAACGUCUCUAAACAGAUUCUUAUACAGGGAAAAUAUAACACUUCAUCGUUUCUAGAAAAGAUGAUUCAGAAACGCAUGGUGGUUCUGCCAAAAACAAAGGAUUUACAUAAUGCAGCACUGGGCAUCAACAGGAUUCAAACAGCCUACAAUCUAAAAUGGAAUGAUAUAUUUCGCGGUGAAAUCAAUGGCAAGGUUUCCAGGCAUCUAACUGUUGAUGAAAUUCUUGACAUCGUGCAAACAAUUAAACCAGAUUCAGAAAGCGGACUAAGUGCUUUUAAACACGCAUUGACAUUCUUAGCAAAUAUCAACAGUGGUUUAUAUGCUAAAAUAGACCAAGAAAAUCAUAUUGAUAAACUUGAAUUUAUGUCAAAAACAUUAGUUACAAAGAAAUGUCUUUGCUCACGGGAAAGUAUUCAUAUCUAUAACAUAUUGAAUAGUAAAAAUAAUACUUACGCCAAGAAAAUAUCAUCUGCAUUAAAUUCUUGCAUUCGGACUUUCUCCGUGCAUGAUUGUAAACACAUGAAGCUGGCGGUCCAUUCGCAAGAAGGUGUGAAUUCAAAUGUUCUGUAUCUCUGUACGGAAGCAAUAUUGAAAUCACCCGUUAUAAAAACACGGAAAAGGAACCUCCAUUGUAAACUAGUGCAUAAUAACCAAGCUGCGUUGAUUAUUAAUCCAGUUAAGGUAGAAAUUAUUUCAGAUCGCCCACGUCUAGCUAUUCUUCAUCAUAUUGUAAGAGCUGAUAAAACUCUAGAUUCAAUUCGUAGGAUUGUCAAGGAACAAUCAUCUUCUUAUGUAACAAAAAAGAUUUACGUAGAAGACGGAAAAGCUGUGGCUUUUAUAGAUAUUGAUUUAUCACAUGUAACGUCAUAUAAAUUAAUUGAACAAAAAAUAUUAGCGCUUUCAAGAACCAAAGACUUAAUCAGUUUCAGAGCUCGAGCGAUUAAUUACGGGAUUGGAGGGUUUGGAAUUAAUGAUUCUUCUGAUCAACAAGUAAAUUAUUUUGAAAGAGAAUGCAUUUUUUCGGCUGUUUUUCAAUUAACAAAUGUAGAUGACGGAGGGUUCGAAAUUUUUCAGAAAUUAGGACUCACUGUAAGAUUAGAAAAAGGGAGUGCUUUGCUUUAUGAAAACAUGUUUAGAGAUGGUUCAGAAUAUAUAAGUAACGAACACUGUAACUGUCCGGUUCUUCAUGGAAAUAAAUGGAUUGUUAAAAUAUGUUUAAGCAUCCGCUGAAUGAAAUGUUCCAAGGGUUUAUACCGGGUAUGCAGCAAUUGAGUCUUCAUCAUGUAACAAGUCAUGGAAUUUUCUCACCUCAAACUUAGUUCUCAAGGAGUUAACUGCUCUUAAACCAGCACAUAUUGGACAGUGACCAAUGAAAAAUCUUGAGACAGAACUCAGAACGUAAACAAAUUAAACCUCUAUGCCAUGAAAUGCCCUGUAAGAGUAUGAGAAUUUAAGAAACCAAAACAGUAUGCUUUCCUGAAUAAAGGUAAUUCGACUAGAGGUACAUAAUUCUGUAGG